UCUCUGUUGACUGUAUCAUUCCCUCUGCUGUCAGACUGACUGAGCUUUUUAAUCUUGGACAAGAGAGAAGAGGAACUGCAACAUGGGGAAUUUUAUCAGUUCACAAAAUGAUGAUGGUGGUCAGACAGAGGCAGCAAGAUCGGCUGUGAAACAAAAAGAGGAAGAAGGGGAAAAAUUCUUUCAAUUCAGAGACAGCAAAAGACUGAAAAGAGAAGUCAAUGUGAGAUCCAGCUGCCGGCGGCGUGAGCAACAAGAACAUGAACACAAAGAAAGACUGACUGGGAUGGAAACAUUUUACAAAGAGAAACAUGAUGAGGCAAGAUCUGCUCUGAAACAAAAAGAGGAAGAACUGAAGUCAGUCAGAGACAGAAUGACUGAGAUGGAAAGAUUAAACCAAGAGAAACUUCAUGAGGCAAGAUCUGCUCUGAAACAAAAAGAGGAAGAACUGAAAUCAUUCAGAAUCAGUUUGACAGACAUGGAAAGAUUGUACCAAGGCAUUCAUUGGACCAGAUCUUCUCUGAAAGAAAAAGAGGAAGAACUGAAAUCAGUGAAAAACAGAAUGACUGAGAUGGAAAGAUUAAACCAAGAGAAACUUCAGGAGGCAAGAUCUGCUCUGAAACAAAAAGAGGAAGAACUGAAAUUAGUCAAAAACAGGCUUAGGAAUGAAGAAACCAUGAAAUCCAGCUGCCGACGGUGUGAACAACAUGAACGUGAACAUAAAGAAAGAAUGACUGAGAUGGAAAGAUUUUACAAAGAGAAACUUCAGGAGGCAAGAUCUACUCUGAAACAAAAAGAGGAAGAACUGAAAUCAUUCAAAGACAGAAUGGCAGCUGAGCUGGGUGUUUCAAUAAUGAAAGAAGGCACAAAGAACAUGAACAACCCAGUUAGUCAAACACCUGCUGAGAUACAAACACCCCAAAACAAUCUUCAUUGGGCCAGAUCUUCUCUGAAACAAAAAGAGGAAGAACUGAAAUCAGUCAGAGACAGAAUGACUGAAAUGGAAAGAUUAAACCAAGAGAAACUUCAUGAGGCAAGAUCUGCUCUGAAACAAAAAGAUGAAGAACUGAAAUCAGUCAGAAUCAGAAUGACUGAGAUGGAAAGAUUAAACCAAGAGAAGCUUCAUGAGGCAAGAUCUGCCCUGAAACAAAAAGAGGAAGAACUGAAAUCAGUCAGAGACAGUUUGACAGACAUGGAAAGAUUGUACCAAAACAAUCUUCAUUGGGCCAGAUCUUCUCUGAAACAAAAAGAGGAAGAACUGAAAUCAGUCAAAAACAGCAUGACUGAGAUGGAAACAUUUUACAAAGAGAAACUUCAUGAGGCAAGAUCUUCUCUGAAACAAAAAGAGGAAGAACUGAAAUCAGUCAAAGACAGACUGAAAAGAGAAGUCAAUGUGAGAUCCAGCUGCCGGCGGCGUGAGCAACAAGAACAUGAACACAAAGAAAGACUGACUGGGAUGGAAACAUUUUACAAAGAGAAACAUGAUGAGGCAAGAUCUGCUCUGAAACAAAAAGAGGAAGAACUGAAGUCAGUCAGAGACAGAAUGACUGAGAUGGAAAGAUUAAACCAAGAGAAACUUCAUGAGGCAAGAUCUGCUCUGAAACAAAAAGAGGAAGAACUGAAAUCAUUCAGAAUCAGUUUGACAGACAUGGAAAGAUUGUACCAAGGCAUUCAUUGGACCAGAUCUUCUCUGAAAGAAAAAGAGGAAGAACUGAAAUCAGUGAAAAACAGAAUGACUGAGAUGGAAAGAUUAAACCAAGAGAAACUUCAGGAGGCAAGAUCUGCUCUGAAACAAAAAGAGGAAGAACUGAAAUUAGUCAAAAACAGGCUUAGGAAUGAAGAAACCAUGAAAUCCAGCUGCCGACGGUGUGAACAACAUGAACGUGAACAUAAAGAAAGAAUGACUGAGAUGGAAAGAUUUUACAAAGAGAAACUUCAGGAGGCAAGAUCUACUCUGAAACAAAAAGAGGAAGAACUGAAAUCAUUCAAAGACAGAAUGGCAGCUGAGCUGGGUGUUUCAAUAAUGAAAGAAGGCACAAAGAACAUGAACAACCCAGUUAGUCAAACACCUGCUGAGAUACAAACACCCCAAAACAAUCUUCAUUGGGCCAGAUCUUCUCUGAAACAAAAAGAGGAAGAACUGAAAUCAGUCAGAGACAGAAUGACUGAAAUGGAAAGAUUAAACCAAGAGAAACUUCAUGAGGCAAGAUCUGCUCUGAAACAAAAAGAUGAAGAACUGAAAUCAGUCAGAAUCAGAAUGACUGAGAUGGAAAGAUUAAACCAAGAGAAGCUUCAUGAGGCAAGAUCUGCCCUGAAACAAAAAGAGGAAGAACUGAAAUCAGUCAGAGACAGUUUGACAGACAUGGAAAGAUUGUACCAAAACAAUCUUCAUUGGGCCAGAUCUUCUCUGAAACAAAAAGAGGAAGAACUGAAAUCAGUCAAAAACAGAAUGACUGAGAUGGAAAGAUUAAACCAAGAGAAACUUCAUGAGGCAAGAUCUGCUCUGAAACAAAAAGAUGAAGAACUGAAAUUAGUCAGAGACAGGUUUAGGAAUGAAGAAACCAUGAAAUCAAGCUGCCGACGAUGUGAACAACAUGAAUGUGAACACAAAGAAAGCAUGACUGAGAUGGAAACAUUUUACAAAGAGAAACUUCAUGAGGCAAGAUCUUCUCUGAAACAAAAAGAGGAAGAACUGAAAUCAGUCAAAGACAGGAAAAGGCUUAGGAAUGAAGAAACCAUGAAACCCAGCUGCCGACGGUGUGAACAACAUGAACGUGAACACAAAGAAAGAAUGACUGAAAUGGAAACAUUUUACAAAGAGAAACUUCAUGAGGCAAGAUCUAGUCUGAACCAAAAGGAAAAGGAGCUGAAAUCAUUCAAAGACAGAGUGGCAGCAGACCUGUCUCUUUCAAUAAAGACAGGAGACACUGAGAGCAUGAACAACCCAGUCAGUAAAACCAAACUGACAGAGAUGUAUAACAAACUGAAACUGCUGCAGUGGCCUAAAAUCAAAGAUCAUCUGAAAUCUAAUGCUGUGAGCAGAGAGUUUACCAGAGAUCUGACUCAGAAAAUGUUUAGAGAUGCAGCAGAAGAAAUGGAGAGAAAGAAGAAGCAGAUAGAUGAAGUGUUUGGACUGAUUGAGAACAGCAGUGGACUAACACCUCAGAAGGUCAAAGAGUUCAGACAGUUAACAAUUCACAGUCUUCAGAUGAAUCUGUACCACAGCAGGAAAGAAGAUCUUCUUCAGAGUCCUUUCCUACAACAUGGAGCUCAGUACCACCAGAAUGUGAUGGAGAACUUCAGACUUCUGGCCUCUGAAUGCUACUGGUUGGGUUGUUUGAUGGCUUUAAACAAUCCUCCUCUUCAGCCGGACUGGGAGAAUCAUGUUCCUGGGCUGGACGCCUGGGACAUUUUCCCACGAGACAUCAAGUCUGCUUCUGCCAUGAAGAGGAGGCAAUGAAGUCAGCAAUGAUGAGAAAACCUGAGUGUUUGUCAGGGAUCAAACAUUACUAUUUGCUAAGUUUUCAUUUGUGUGAAUGAAGAAUUUUGCUAGAUUAGUUCAGAUUAACUAAAUCUGAUUAUUUAAAGCCUUAUGUGCAGAAUUCAUAUCUUAAUGCUGAUUAUGUGUCUGUAAACAAAAUUUAUUUUUGAACAUAAGUUGAAUUAUAAUUAAGUCUGUUGGAA